UGACCCUCCCUAACCCUCCCUUUCAUAGAAUCCUUAUAGUCUGGAACCAAACCAUUUAACUACGUGAUGAAUAGUUAACGUCCAAAGGAACAAGACUGAACAUCAUUAUUUUAGGAGUGAAGGAACGUCCCGUCCCAUAGACCACAGCCAAUGACUUUCCAACGACUUCCAACCAAUCAGAGACGUCGAUGUUACACUAGGAUUGUUGGUAGUGUAGUUCUUCUCAAUGACAUUGUGAAUAAAUAUGUAUUUCUGAAAAAAAGGUUGACGCCAUACAGACUUGUGGUGAGACUUGUCUUUAUUCACGGUUCUGAUGAUGUCACUACGGUUCCGAUGAUGUCACUCGGCUCGUCACCAGAGUUAAUGAGAUGUGGAUCAGAACCUUCAUGAUGUGGAUCAGAAUCACGAACAGAAUGGUUUGGUUGGUCGACAGACUGCAGGUGAGCGAGGCUGCUGAUUGGUCGACAGACAGCAGGUGAGCGCGGCUGCUGAUUGGUUGACAGACAGCGGGUGAGUGAUAAACGAAACCUUCAUUCAUGAUUCAGCAGCUUCUCUUUGUUCAGCAGACAUUUGACUGGAACAGACGAAGGACGACAGACUCGACGUUAAACCUCGAGUGGUUCUGUGUGUCUGACUGACUUGAACGUCGUCAUGGAUCUGGAUGUCAUCGAUGGGCUGAAUGAGAUCCGUCCGGCGGUGUACCGAGCCGCCAUGAAGCUUCUGUCCCUGCAGAGAGUCUGUCACCUGGACGUCCUGUCUGUUCGUCACAUCAUGGCGGCCAUCCGCUCCCUGAAGGGGACCCGGCCGCAGCAGGACGAGGGGCUGAACAGGGAGGAAGUGACCCGGACUCUGAACAGGAUGUUUCACAGCGUGUCACAGGAAGUGACCCAUCAUGUGACAGGUCAUGUGACCACAGAGGCUCCAGAGAAGACGUGCAGCUUGAUGCUGACGCUGUUUGACAGGGCUGGUUCAGUUUCUGCUGCUUCUCUUCAAACUGCUCUGAUCGCUCUGUCCCCCGACAGUCUGCUGGACAAGUACAGAGCUCUGGUGAGUGUUUGUGAGGACACUUCAGGAUCCAUCAGCAGGUCUGGACUCAGGUGUUUACUUCAGGACCUCAGCCAGGUCCCAGCGGCGGUGCAGGAGGACGUGGUGUUCGGAGAUGUGGCGGUGGCGGUGAGGUCGUGUUUCGACAGGGUGUUGACUCCUACAGUGACAUCACAACACGUGUUGUCAUGGCUGCAGAGUGAGCCACGCCUGUUGCUAUGGUUACCCACUCUCUACCGGCUUUAUGUCAGUCAGAACGUCAGUCACAUGGUCCGAUGUCACACCUGCAAGACCUCCCCCAUCACGGGACUCAGGUAUCGAUGUCUGAAGUGUGUGAAGGUCCACGUGUGUCAGAGCUGCUUCAUGAGCCAACGACAGACGAGGAAACACAAGAGACAACAUCCAGUCCUGGAGUACUGCACACAGCCGACCUGGAGAGAGUCUCUGAACUCGUUGGUGCACAGCGCCCGUCACACCCUUUUGCCAUGGCGAUACACUCAGAGAGAAGCUAAUGGGAGGAGGGUCCUGAUGUGGCCGGAGGAGACUCAUAACAGUGCCCUGCCCCCUUCUGAUGCCUCAACACCAUUGGUUGAGUCAGCUGUCUGUCACAGUCCAUCCUCAGAGAUGCCAACUCAGCAGGUGACCUCUGACCUCACCACUGACUGUUGGUGUGAUGCUUAUUUGUUGAAUGUAACUUAUUGUUGUUGUUGUUGUUGUUGUGAAGGCGUCGCCCCUGACGACAGAAGUCAGGAACCUGCAGAGAGACAAGUGGUGAGGAGUCAACCAGAAACAACCAAUCAGAGCCCAGAGUCUGGAUCUAUUUCUUGUUUGUUUGUCAUCAGGCUGCUGGAACAGGAGAUGCAGGCGUGGCGGCUCACCGUCCAAUCGGAGCAGGGCAUCCUGGAGGACAGGUGCUCAGGGAUGGAGGUUACCAUGGAAACACUGAGGCGACAGAACGUCUGUGUGCAGGGGCUGCUCACUCAGACUCUGAACAAGAUGGAGGCUCAACAACGCGCCAAUGACACGGAGAGAGGCGAAGAGGAAGAGGAAGAAGUGUUGACGGACGACAGUAGUGAGGACGGAUGUCAAACUCCAUCUCCCACAAUCCACCGAGACAUGCCUCCGUCACAUGCCAUCAAGGAGGAGGGGCCAGCAGGUGACGGUCCAAUAGGACGAGAGAAUGGACCAGAGGAGGCAAGACUACAUGAAGAAGAAACCUGUCUGUCCGGAGAAGAAGUGGAUUGUGGGAUGUGUAGUCCAGAGGAGCUGGUCCAACAAACUGUUGACAUGCUGAAGACUGUAAUGGAGAAAGAUAUGUGGAGAGAGAGACAGAAAGGUGAGAGGAAAGGGGCGGAGCUUCUGGAGGCUGCAGACCAGGUGGGAGAUGCAGUUCAGCACCUGGUGGACGCUGUGAGAACUACAACACACUGACCAGGUCCAGCGGACGCCUUUUCUUUCUGCAACGUUUGGGGGCGGAGCUGGGUGAAGGUGUGCAGCUGGGGGCGGAGCCUGAGGGGGAACACAGCAGGUAGACCAGAGAGGUGCGAGGCUGCACUGGCGUAAUGAUGUGGGAGUACGACGGAGGGAGGCAGCGCCACAUCUGCACCUCAGGUGUCCUCUCUGCUACAUCCUGAUUGGCUGCAGGGAUGCUGGUGGCCGGGGUCUCUUGAGGUGGCUGACGGACCUCUGGGACGACCAAUCGGACGGUCUGAGUGCUGUGACUGACUUUAACCACCUGGAGGAAGAAGAGCAGGGGAGAAGUUCGUCUUUCCACUGAAACUGUUUCCUCUGUGACACUCACUCACCUGACACCUGGAUGCCAACCUGAAGCCCCGCCCCUUCCUCCUCCUCCUCCUAUACGCAGACUCAUAAUCGUCAGAGUCUGGACCUGCCUCCUGGCUCUCAACACGCCCCUUAGUGAUGUGGCCCCUCCUCCCGUACCUGAUUGUGAUGACAUCAUCAGUAGAUUAAAUGAUUUAUAAAAGAUAAUAUUCUAUAACAAUGUUAUAAUAUUCUGUUGUGACAGUGAUAUGAAUAUAAUAUAAAUCUGACGUCAGACUGAAGUUUAAUAUUCUUAAAUACAGUUAGACGAUACAUACAACAUAAAUAAAAGAUUUCAUUUUGGCCUGAAAAAA